AAAGAAAUCGUUUAUCACAGACAUGCGCAGUGACUUUACGCCUUGAACGUAUGAGGUGUCUCUGACGUAUAGACGCAAGUAAAGAAUACGUCAGCGCGUGGAACCAGCGGUCUGCUUGGCUAGUAGUAAGUUUCGUUUUCUUUUUGGAAGUGAGAAGCAAAGAUGUAUCGUCCCAAGCCCACCCUAAGAGACCGACAGCACCUGUACAAGUUGAUAAUAAGUCAACUUUUGUAUGAUGGAUACACCAACAUCGCCAACUGUUUGAUCAGCGAGGUGAAGCCGCAAAGCGUGGUGUCGCCCUCUGAGCAACUUAUGCAGCUUGCCAAGAUGGGGAUGGAGAAUGAUGACAGCGCUGUGCAGUACGCCAUUGGCCGCUCUGACACGGUGGCGCCUGGCACCGGGAUCGACCUGGAGUUUGACGCGGACGUGCAGACCAUGUCCCCCGAGGCGUCGGAGUACGAGACGUGCUACGUGACCUCGCACAAGGGCCCGUGCCGCGUGGCCACCUACAGCAGAGACGGGCAGCUCAUCGCCACCGGCUCAGCGGACGCGUCCAUUAAGAUCCUGGACACGGAGCGCAUGCUGGCUAAGAGCGCCAUGCCCAUCGAGGUGAUGAUGAACGAGACAGCCCAACAGAACAUGGAGAACCACCCUGUGAUCCGCACUCUGUAUGAUCACGUCGAUGAGGUCACCUGUCUGGCCUUCCACCCCACAGAACAGAUCUUGGCCUCUGGGUCACGUGACUACACCCUCAAACUGUUUGACUACUCCAAGCCCUCUGCAAAGAGAGCCUUUAAGCACAUACAGGAAGCAGAAAUGCUGCGGUCCAUCUCUUUCCACCCAUCAGGCGACUUCCUGUUGGUGGGAACGCAGCAUCCAACCCUGCGUCUGUAUGACGUGAACACCUUCCAGUGCUACGUGUCCUCCAACCCCCGGGACCAGCACACGGACACCAUCUCCGGCGUCUGCUACAACCCCAGCGCCAACAGCUACGUCACCUGCAGCAAGGACGGCAGCAUCAAGCUGUGGGACGGCGUGUCCAACCGGUGCGUGGCAACCUUCGACAAGGCGCACGACGGGGCUGAGGUCUGCUCGGCCGUCUUCUCCAAGAACUCCAAAUACAUCCUGUCAAGUGGCAAGGACUCGGUGGCUAAGCUGUGGGAAAUCUCCACGGGCAGGACACUGGUUAAGUACACAGGUGCCGGGCUGAGUGGGCGUCAGAUGCACCGCACCCAGGCUGUGUUUAACCACACUGAGGACUACGUGCUGCUGCCCGACGAGCGGACCAUCAGCCUCUGCUGCUGGGACUCGCGCUCGGCCGAGAGGAAGAACCUCCUCUCCCUUGGUCACAACAACAUUGUGCGCUGCAUUGUGCACUCCCCCACCAACCCCGGCUUCAUGACCUGCAGUGACGACUUCAGGGCGCGGUUCUGGUACCGCCGUACAACGACAGACUGAGAUGCCCCCUCCUCAGACCGAAAUAUGGCCUCAGUGGUUUUGUUGUAGUCAUGGUUACUCACAUAUCCCUCUGUGUGCUGCACAUAGUUCUGAAAGGGCAAGGUUGAUGCUGACUAGUUAAGUGUCACUUAAAGCUCUUCAUUGCAAGAGGCUUUACUUCAGGUGUUUAGUUGGGUACACAGCUGUCCUUUCACUGUCAAAUGACACUUGGCAGAAUCACUGCUAGGGGGUGCUGUUUUACAACUGAAUGCUAUGAUUCAUUCUGUCAUGGCUUUGUCAUUUCUGUCAAGGUAGUGUGUUAGGCAGUUGAUCUUGAAGUGGCAACAGAACUGUAGAUCAGUAGAUUGGAAUGCUGAAUUUAAUGAUAAGACUUUUUUUAAAUGUCACCUGAGUGGAACUGAUCUCGAGAACAUAAAUUGCCUUUUGUAUUUUUUAUUUUUUGUCUAUUCAAGAAAAUUAUUUCUGGUAGUCAGUUUUUAAGAAUUGGUGUGGCACAACUUUUAAACUACAUAUUUGUCCAUCUGUAAUCCGUGAUAUAAAAUGGUUUUAUUAAAAAAAAAUUCUGCUAA